GAUAACCCCCGUGCAUCUCUCACAAAAUAACCAGAGAACCCUCUUCUUCUUCCUCAGAAAUCUCCUGAUCUUCCUUCUAAAUUCCCAAUCUAACCCUUUCUAAUGGAUCCCGUCAAUGAGUGGGGUAACACACCCUUAAACGUUGCAGAUCCAGAUAUCUUCGAUUUAAUCGAAAAAGAAAAGAGAAGACAAUGCAGAGGUAUCGAAUUGAUUGCUUCUGAAAACUUCACAUCAUUCGCUGUGAUUGAAGCACUUGGUAGUGCUUUGACAAACAAAUAUUCAGAAGGUAUUCCCGGUAACAGAUACUAUGGAGGUAAUGAAUUCAUUGAUGAGAUUGAAAAUCUAUGUCGUUCAAGAGCUUUAGAAGUAUUUCGAUGUGAUCCAGCAAAAUGGGGUGUGAAUGUACAGCCUUAUUCUGGUAGUCCUGCUAAUUUUGCAGCAUAUACUGCUUUGCUGAAUCCACAUGAUAGAAUUAUGGGUCUUGAUUUACCAUCAGGUGGUCAUUUGACACAUGGUUAUUAUACAUCUGGUGGUAAGAAGAUUUCUGCUACUUCAAUUUACUUUGAGAGUUUGCCUUACAAGGUGAAUUCAACCACUGGGUAUAUUGAUUAUGAUAAGUUGGAAGAGAAAGCUUUGGAUUUCAGACCUAAAUUGAUUAUUUGCGGUGGAAGUGCUUAUCCUAGAGAUUGGGAUUAUGCUAGAUUUAGAGCUGUUGCUGAUAAAUGUGGUGCUCUUUUGCUUUGUGAUAUGGCUCACAUUAGUGGUCUUGUUGCUGCUCAGGAAGCUGCCAACCCAUUUGAAUACUGUGAUGUUGUUACAACCACAACUCACAAGAGUUUGAGGGGACCUAGAGCUGGUAUGAUCUUCUUCAGGAAGGGUCCUAAGCCCGCAAAGAAGGGUCAGCCUGCUGAUGCUGAAUACGAUUUUGAAGACAAAAUCAACUUCUCUGUUUUCCCUGCUCUUCAAGGUGGUCCACAUAAUCACCAGAUUGGUGCUUUGGCCGUUGCUUUGAAGCAAGCUAUGAGCCCCGGAUUCAAAGCCUACGCUAAGCAAGUGAGGGCAAAUGCUGUGGCCAUUGGAAACUACUUGAUGAGCAAGGGCUACAAGCUCGUCACUGGCGGGACUGAGAACCAUCUUGUUCUAUGGGACCUUCGUCCUCUUGGCUUGACUGGAAACAAAGUUGAAAAGCUUUGCGACUUAUGUAGCAUCACUGUGAACAAGAAUGCUGUCUUUGGUGAUAGCAGUGCUUUGGCCCCUGGAGGUGUUAGAGUUGGAGCACCGGCCAUGACUUCAAGAGGUUUGGUGGAGAAGGACUUUGAGCAGAUUGGUGAAUUCCUUCACCAGGCUGUUCAACUUACCCUGAAAAUCCAGAAAGAACAUGGAAAGCUCUUGAAGGAUUUCAACAAGGGACUUGUGAAUAACAAGGAAAUCGAAGACCUCAAAGUUGCCGUUGAGAAGUUCUCAGCUUCCUACGACAUGCCUGGAUUCCUUAUGUCUGAGAUGAAGUACAAGGAUUAGAUUGAAGUAAAAUUCUAAAAUGGAUAUUACUAGGUAAUAUAGUCUUCAAUGCUACAUGUUCUGGAAACUAAAUUUUCAUUUCACAUCCCACUUUACUUCUGUUCCUCUUAUUGAAGCAAAUUAAGUUUUAUCUCUUUUCUUUUGUUUUCCGAGGGUUCUGAAUAACUUUAGGUUUCUGCUUGAACCUGAAAUGUUAUUUGUUUUAUUUUUUUCUCUUUUGGUUCCUUCCUACAUGUAAAAGUUUCUUUGUCAUGCUAGAUAUAAUCUACCAAUCUUUAUUUGGAUUUUGAAUUUUUACAAGAAAUCAAGAAAUGAAAAAAAAUAAAAUGUAAUUGAAGUCCAGGAGUUAAA